AUGCAACAGAUGUGCAUGAUUCGGGUGGCAAAGUCUCCCAGUAACUUGCCAUUACGCAUUCAUGAAUUCUCAGAUUCAAGCCCUCCGAAAGACGCCGACAUUUCCCCGAUUCGGCCCCGUGCAAGCAAAGCGUUUUUUCGUGCAAGUCCCCCGAUUCGGCCCCGUGCAAGCAAAGCGUCCCCCGAUUCGGCCCCGUGCAAGCAAAGUCCCCCGAUUCGCCCCGUGCAAGCAAAGUCCCCCGAUUCGGCCCCGUGGAAGCAAAAUUUGCGCCGAUUCGGCCCCGUGCAAGCAAAGCCGAUUCCCCCGAUUCGGCCCCGUGCAAGCAAAGCCUCCCCCGAUUCGGCCCGUGCAAGCAAAGCGUCCCCCGAUUCGCCCCGUCCCCCCGAUUCGGCCCCGUGCAAGCAAAGCCUCCCCCGAUUCGGCCCGUGCAAGCAAAGCGCCCGAUUCGCCCCGUGCAAGCAAAGUCCCCCGAUUCCCCCAAGCAAUUCGGCCCCGUUCCGGCCCCGUGCAAGCAAAGCGUCCCCCGAUUCGGCCCCGUGCAAGCAAAAAUCGGCCCCGUGCAAGCAAAGCCUCCCCGAUUCGGCCCCGUUCCCCCGAUUCGGCCCCGUGCAAGCAAAGCCUCCCCCGAUUCGGCCCCGUGCAAGCGAAAGCCUUCCCCCGAUUCGGCCCCGUGCAAGCAAAGCGUCCCCCGAUUCGGCCCCGUGCAAGCAAAGCGUCCCCCGAUUCCCCCGAUUUCCCCCGAUUCGGCCCCGUGCAAGCAAAGCCUCCCCCGAUUCGGCCCCGUGCAAGCAAAGCGUCCCCCGAUUCGGCCCCGUGCAAGCAAAGCCUCCCCCGAUUCGGCCCCGUGCAAGCAAACGUCCCCGAUUCGUGCAAGCAAAAUCCCCCGAUUCGGCCCCGUGCAAGCAAAGCCUCCCCCGAUUCGGCCCCGUGCAAGCAAAGCGUCCCCCGAUUCGGCCCCGUGCAAGCAAAGGUCCCCCGAUUCGGCCCGUGCAAGCAAAGCGUCCCCCGAUUCGGCCCGUGCAAGCAAAGCCUCCCCGAUUCGGCCCCGUGCAAGCAAAGCGUCCCCGAUUCGGCCCCGUGCAAGCAAAGCCUCCCCGAUUCGGCCCCGUGCAAGCAAGCGUCCCCCGAUUCGGCCCCGUGCAAGCAAAGCCUCCCCCGAUUCGGCCCCGUGCAAGCAAAGCGUCCCCCGAUUUUCGGCCCCGUGCAAGCAAAGCCUCCCCCGAUUCCCCGAUUCGGCCCCGUGCAAGCAAAAGCCUCCCCGAUUCGCCCCGUGCAGCAAAAUUCGGCCCCGUGCAAGCAAAGCCUCCCCCGAUUCGGCCCCGUGCAAGCAAAGCGUCCCCCGAUUCGGCCCCGUGCAAGCAAAGUCCCCCGAUUCGGCCCCGUGCAAGCAAAGCGUCCCCCGAUUCGGCCCCGUGCAAGCAAAGCCUCCCCCGAUUCGGCCCCGUGCAAGCAAAGCCUCCCCCGAAGCUGUACCGUUACUCCUGCGAUCGGGCUCCGUGCUGCGGGAAGUCCGUCGCCGCUCGGGUCUUUCCCCCAAGGCGCUGUGGGGCUGAUAAGGAGGCUGUCUCGGCGUCGCGGGGUUUGGAUCGGGGCCAAAGGAGGCUCAGGUGUAAUCCAGGCUGGGCAGCGCAGCAUCAAGGCGCGCGCCCCCAGACUGUCUCUCCAGCAGCGAGAGGAAAUUUCCUUCAGCACUAA